CUCAGUGUGAGGAUAUUCCCAUUUGGGGAAUCGGUGUAGCGGUCCUACAAAUAAAAUUUUAAUAAAAUGUAGGUGUUUUAUUUGUACAUUAGAAUUUAUCCAAAGUUGAAAUGAAUCAUUACUUGAUAUAGAAAUGUUCUAAAUAAGAACUUACCAUCGAUAACACAUCCAAAAUAAUGGCGGCUGUACACACUCGUCGAGAGCCUCUCGUCGAGAGUCUCGGCCGAUGAUAGUCUCGGCGAGAGCGUACGUGUACACACUCGCGUUUUCAUUUGUACGGAAAAUUUCUGUGACAAUGGACGUGGAAAUUGCAGCUGCUGUUUGCCUUUGUGCUGUGAGCUAUUAUAAUUUUUUAUCCAUUGACCAUAGAAAGAAAAUUCUUAAGCCAUGGCGAAGGAGAAGAUGGUGGAUGGUUACUAUGCACCGCAAUAGAAGCAGAAGCACCAUGGAAAAUCAAUUGGCGGAACUGAUGGUGGAACCCUCGGGUCAAUUUAACAACUUUACAAGAAUGUCUAUAAUAGACUUUGAAUAUUUACUACAACAAAUAGCUCCAUUCAUAACUAAGAAGAAUACGCCUAAAAGGGAAGCAAUCCCAGCCAAAAUUCGCCUAGCAAUUACUUUGAGAUUUUUAGCCACAGGCGAUAGUUUUGAAAGUCUACAUUUCCUGUUCAAAGUUUCGAGUUCGAUUAUAUCAAGAAUUGUGCCUGAAGUAUGCAUUGCACUAAACCAAGUAUUGAAAGAUCAAAUUAGGAUUCCGGAAGAUCCACGCAGUGGCGGAUUAAAGGUCCAGAGCGCUCUAGGCAAUCACUUUAUCGGCGCCCCUGUACCAGCCAUAAAUGGCCAUCCUAAUACUAAAAAUUUUAACUAGUUGUUUUUGCAAUUACGAUGACGUUGUAUCAUCAAACCCUAGACUUUAGUAGACCAGGACCCUUGUACUUACGCUAAUGCUUGUAGAUAUAGAUUGUGUAAAAGCUUAAAUAAUUUAUUAUUAUUAAUAAAUGAAACAAAAUAAGUUUUGAGUUAUUUAUUAAAAAAAUAUACGUAAGUAGUAAAAAAAAUAACAAACACAAGUUUAAAAAUUAAAAAUUUCUACGUCUACAUUUUUGUUUCGCGAAAUUGUCAAUAACAUCGUCUUAGUUUAAAGACAUCAAUAAGGUAGAUUCAAUGUUUAGUAUUGCUAACGAAUUUAAUCUCUUAUCUGUCAUGGUUGAGCGAAGAUAGUUUUUCACUCUCUUUAGGCAUGAAAAACUCCGCUCACCACUGCUAUUACUGACUGCCGUCGAUACGCACAUUCGUAAGGCUAUGUCAAUGUUGGGGUAAAUUGUUUCAAGCUCUUUAUUUCUCAGAACCUGUAAUACCGCGUUCAUUGUUCGGGGCAGUUCUCCCUCUCGAGCUAUCGUUAUUAAAUAAGAACGUAGAUGGUACAUUCGUCAACAAAGCAUUUUUCUAAAUCAUUAAAAUACAUUGUGUAACGCUUAGCGUUUUGUAGGUAGAAGAAAAUUAAACUUAAACGCCACUGUAACGUUAGUGGUUACAGUGGGUAGAAGCAAAUUAAAUGAAAAAAUAUUUUAGUUAUAGAUUUUUAUAUUCAGGUAGGUAGGUAGGUAGGUAGGUAGAUGUCGGUUGAGCCGGGAGUAGUGUUGGGUAAAUAGCCGGCUACUUUGAGUUAUUAUCGAUUAUAAUCCAUUAAUAGCCAUUAAUAGCCUAGCAAUGGAUGAUAACCCUGCUAUUAAUGUAUAGUUAGAAAAAUAAAUGCUUUUUUUGUUUUAUUGUAAAAUCUGUGGGUGUAAACAUAAAUUGGGUGCGUGUACGCAGUGUGAUUCAACAUAUUGUUAUUGAUUUUAUUUAUUUUCACUAUUUGUAUAUGAAAAAGUGUUAAUAAUAAAAUAAAUAGGUACACAUUUUUCGGGAAAUUCAGUUUUGUUAAUUUAGAGAUCCAAUACUAUAAAAAAGAUAAUUACUAUUGACACAUCGUUUUGUGAUUAACCAUCUACCUAAUUAAUUACUUAACUUAAUAAAGCGAGCUAAAUAGGUAGGUGUAUUUUUACCUAUAAAAUAAUUUUAACCGAUACGUAAAAAUGUAAGGUACAUUAAGUAAGUUAGUUAUUAGCUAUUUUGAGUCGAUAGUAGGUAACAUGCAUGCGCACUUCCGACGUUUGGCUCCUAAGUUGGAACGGACGGGGGCUGCACUUAAGCGGCUCCUGCCCAACCUCGGGGGCCAAACACCCCCUGCCGGAGGUUGUACGCGGGGAUCGUGCGGUCCAUGGCCCUCUACGGCGCCCCUGUGUGGGCGCCGAACCUGAUGCGGCGGCCAGCUCGGGCGCUGCUCACGUCUCAGAGGGUUAUGGCCAUCCGGGUGAUUCACGGAUAUCGCACGACGCACGAUCUCCGGAGGGGCGGUUAACCUCCUUGCCGGACUAUUGCCGUUUAAUGAUUUUCGCCACUUAAAAAAGGGAAGAAUUAGUGAUGGUGGUGUGUUUCGUAAUAGUCAACUAUGGCAAAGAAUUUGUUCAAAUAAUCUAAAUUUUCCUAUGCCAAGACCACUACCAGGGGGUACAACAGAUGUUCCGUAUGUUUUUUGGGAGAUGGAGCAUUUGCAUUGACAACUCAUGUGAUGAAGCCAUAACGAAGGAACACCGAAACGUAUUUUUAAUAAGAAACUUUCAUCCUCACGCGUAGUGGUUGAAAAUGCAUUCGGGAUACUAGCCUCAAGAUUCAGAAUAUUUAGAAAACCUAUACCUACUACUGAACCCUGAAAAAACUACUAUAAUUACUAUGACCUGUGUGCUGUUGCACAAUUUUUUAAGAAAGAGUAGUACGUCAUCAGCAAUAUAUACACCUCCAGGAACAAUAGACGUUUACAACACAAAUGACCAGCUGGUCGUGCCAGGUUUGUGGAGGAAUGAAAUUGAAGACAUGUGUGCCAUAAGACCCUUGCGACAAAUAGCAAGAAGACCAGCCCAAGACGCAAAUCAGAUUAGGGAAGAAUUUACAUCAUAUUUCGUCAAUAAUUAUAUGUAAUAAUAACUGAUUAUAAACAUUUUAAUAGA